UCAUUAGUUAUAUAAUAAUAAAAAUGGGAAAGAAAGAAACUAUUCCAUGUCCUCCUCAUGUUAUCAAACCAAUUUUUGAACAAUUAAAAUCAAAAUUAUAUACAAUAUCACAGUUACGAAAGAAUUACGCGGUGAUUCCAGUCAUAGCAGUUCAAUUGACUGGCUUAGCUAUGAUUGGUUAUUGGACAUAUCAUCGUUUAUUUGUCACGACUAUUGAUGUGCAGCUAGGAUCACAAAGAUGGGAAAUGACAUCAGAUUCUGAAUUUUUUGACCUUAGAUAUCCUCGUUCACUCAAGAUGUUUAAAAGAGACAAGAUAGAACCAGCAAUUGGACUUGAUAAUCGUUAUCGUUUAAUGCGAGGUGAGCGAAUGCUUGAUGCAAAAGGAAAUAUAACAAAUGAUUAUGGUGAUCCUCCUGGAGUAAAUAGCCUUGAAGAGCUUGCUCAACAAAGUCAAAAAAAAUAUGCCCUAUCAAAAUAAAUAAAUGACAUUUCAAGAAAAACUUAAUGUCCAAUAAAUUCAUCAGAUAUUUUAAAUUAAUCAUAAUAAUUUAGAUAUGAAAAUCAAAAAAGGGAAAGAUUAUAAUCUUGCUAAUAUCCUAUAUCAAAAUUUAAAUUUGGAAUAAAUUUAAAAACCUCAAAAGUCACAACUUAUUGUUGAUUUGGUAUUUCUGGUAUUUAACUAUUAUUCAACAUCAAUAGUUUAAAAAAAAAAAAACAAGUGCUAAAAUUUAUUUUAUACAGUUAUACUGAUGGUCUUGAUCACAGAUAAAAUUAAUUAUGCUUUGAAGUUGUGCCAGGACAUAAAGCAUCACCACCACCACCACCACAAACUUUGAAGCAGCAAAUUUAAAUAUUUUUGUUUUUCUUUCAACAAUUGGCUAUAUAAUUUUAUUUUUGAUUAAAAUCUAAAUUGAUACAAAAAUACUAUUGUUAAUAAUAAUAAUAAUGGUAGUAAAUAAAAUGGACAUUUACAAAUUUGUAGAUAAAAGAUCAUAUCGUGUUUCUUGUUGAAUAAAAAAUAAUAAUAUACUUAACAAAAUUAAGAAAAAAAAAAAAAUCAAUGAAAAUCUUGUACUCUUGAUAUUAAUUGCAUUUCAUGGAAAAUACUUGUUAAUAGACUUUUUAAAUUAUCUGAAGUGUACAUGCACCAGUGUCUCCGAUAAUUGUACGUGAUUAAUCGAAAUAAUACUUGAGAUUAUUCACUAAUAAAACAGAGCUGCCUUGUUCUUGUCUUUUCAACUUAGCAUCAUCAACAUAAGACUUAUUCAUUGUUAUUUUAUUUUUAAAAAAUAUAAAUAAAAAAAUCCACCUACACAGAGUGACAUGUACGUGUAUUA